AUGAAUUUUAAAAGUUUUUUAUAUGUGCAUUUGAUACUUUGGAUGUCAUUUUGGCAACUGGUUUUUGCUAAUAAUUCUACAAAACACAUUAAAACUUCCUCGUUGUUAACAUGUAUGGAAAAUUCACAAUUUACAGCAUCUUUCUUCGAGGUGAAAUAUUUCCCAGGUAAUGAAUCAGUUGUAUUCAAUAUCGAUGCAACUACUACUAUUAAUGAUAAAGUUAAAGUUAAAGUUCAGUUAAUCGUGUAUGGUUUAAACGUUUUCGAAGAUACUUUUGAUUUAUGUUCGUUAGGUGACCUAUCUCUAUGUCCCUUAGUUGCAGGUAGAAUUGAUAUAUCUUCAAGUUAUAAGUUGGAGAAUAAUGAAUAUACAAAACAAAUCCCAAACGUAGCUUACACGAUACCUGAUUUAGAUGCGCAAGUUCGUGUAACAGUUUAUUCAAGUAGUGACAGCAGCGAUUCAAAUACUUUGGCUUGUGUUCAAGCUACGUUGAGUAAUGAUAAAACUGUUCAAACAAAAUAUGCAUCUUGGCCAAUUGCCGCAAUUUCAGGUUUAGGUAUAUUAACCUCUGCUUUUGUCUCAGUUAUUGGGUAUUCUACAACUUCUGCUCAUAUUGCAUCAAAUUCGAUCUCUUUAUUUAUCUAUUUCCAAAAUUUAGCUAUUACGGCUAUGUGUGCAGUUUCAAAGGUACCACCAAUUGCUGCUGCUUGGACCCAGAACUUCCAAUGGUCAAUGGGUAUUAUUAAUGCAAAGUUCAUGCAAGAUGUUUUCGAUUGGUAUGUUCAAGCUACUAAAGGUGAAUCAACCGUAGUUGUAGCAAACAAAGAUCUGUUAUCUAUUACAGUCCAAAAGAGAUUGCUUACAAAUUUAUUCAAAAGAGCUGUAUCUGUUGCAUCAUCAAGCGAUCUAUAUUUUGAUUCAGUAUUAGACGACUCUUCACUUUACACUUCAAAUGAAAGAAAUAGCACUGACUACGUUACAAAAAUUCUAGUUCUAAGAGGUAUCGAACGUGUAGCAUUUAAAGCAGGGAUUGAAUUAUCAAAUUUCUUCUUAACAGGUGUAGUGUUCUUUAUUUUCUUUUUAUUCUUCCUCUCUGUAGGUAUGGUAUUCUUUAAAGCAUUAAUUGAACUUUUGGCUCGUUUAAAUGUAAUUCAAGCAACAGCCAAUUUCUUCCAAUUUAGAAAAAACUGGAGUAGUGUCAUGAAAGGUACCUUAUACAGAAUGGUAAUUAUUGCAUUCCCUCAAUUAACUUUACUAUGUAUCUGGGAAUUUACCCAAAUUGAUUCACCAGCAGUAAUAGUGGAUGCAAUUGUAAUAUUUGCCUUGUGCCUGGGUUUGAUGGCAUAUGGUACUUUACGUGUGAUUUUAAAAGGCAGAGAGUCUACAAGAAUGUAUAAGACACCUGCAUAUUUACUGUAUGGUGACAUGAAAUUUUUGAAUAGAUAUGGGUUCUUAUAUUCACAAUUUCACGCUGACAAGUAUUGGUGGCUAAUGCCAUUAUUGGCCUAUUCAUUCUUAAGAUCUUUAUUUGUCGCUGUCUUACAACAUAAUGGUAAAGCUCAAGCUUUGAUCGUUUUCAUUAUAGAAGUGCUUUAUUUUGGUUGUUUAUGUUGGAUACGACCAUACUUAGAUAAACGUACUAACAUUUUCAACAUUUUCAUUCAUUUAGUGACAUUAAUCAAUUCAUUGAUAUUUUUAUUUUUCAGUAAUUUAUUUGGUCAACCACCGGUGGUAUCUUCAGUUAUGGCAGUUGUAUUUUUUGUAUUAAAUGCAGUGUUUGCCCUAUUUUUAUUAUUGUUCACUAUCAUUACCUGUGCUAUUGCAUUGAUUCACAGAAACCCAGAUGCUCGUUACCAACCAAUGAGAGACGAUCGUGUAUCUUUCAUUCCUAAGUUACAAGGUGGUGAAUCUACAGAUGCAUUAAGAGGUAGCAAAGAUGAUAACGAAUUAUUCGAAAUGGGUAAGGCUGCUAUGGACUCUAACGAAACAGAAAAGGAAAGAACUAUUAGAGUUGAUCAAUUUAGCAGGUCAGGUGGUAAUAGAUUGUUGUUUGAUGACUCUGAAAGUCUUUUCACCAACAAUACUAAUUACUUCAAAUCUAAUAGUUUAACUAAUGAAUCAUUAUCUAAUCAAGCGGUACAACCUACAUCAGCUGUAUUAGGAGGAGGUUCACAUUUAACAGCUCAUCAAUAUCAAAGAGUUCCUACCGGUUCAAAUAACUCUUCGCCGCAGAAGGGACAGGCAUUAAAGAAGCCAGAGACCAGCUUUUACAGUGGAAAU